ACACAACUUCGCACAAUGGAGCUGGUGACUACAAUUUUAUCGUUACUCUUGGUGCUCGCGGCGGGAGUGUAUUGGUUUGUGCGCAGUCGGUACAACUACUGGACCAACCGUGGUUUUCCAACCAUUUCCAACCAGAAGCUGCUGUUUGGACACGUGAAGGGCAUCAAUACGGAGCGUCAUGCAUCGUACAUUACGAGUGAUAUUUACCGCGAGCUGAAACAGCGCGGUGAAGCGUACGGAGGAUUCAACUUGUUCAUCAUACCGGCUGUCAUGGCUGUGGAUCCGGAAAUCAUCAAAACGAUCCUGGUGAAAGAUUUCCACAUCUUUCACGAUCGGGGUCUUAUCAGCUGUCCGGAGGUUGAUCCCCUGUCCGGAACGCUGUUUGGGAUGCAGGGCAAGGCGUGGAAAAUUUUGCGCCAAAAGCUUACACCGACCUUCACGUCGGGGAAAAUGAAGCAAAUGUUCGGUACCAUUCGGGAUGUGGCCGAACGGCUGGGUGACUAUGUGGACGACCACUUGGACCAGCAGCAGUUGGAAAUGAAGGAUAUAUUGGCACGAUACACGACCGACGUGAUCGGUACGUGUGCGUUCGGGAUCGAGUGUAAUACGUUGAAAAAUCCGAACUCGGACUUCCUGAAGUAUGGUAACAAGGUGUUCGAACAGAAAGUGUCCACCAUGAUAAAGAUCAUUUUUAUGCUGAUGGUGCGCAAGUUUAAUGACAAAUUUGCGCUAAAAGUUACCGAUGCUGAGGUGGAAUCGUUUUUCCUGAAGCUCGUGCGCGACACGGUCGAGUAUCGGGAGCAGAACAAUGUGCAGCGUAACGAUUUCAUGAACUUACUGCUACAGAUUAAAAAUACGGGAAAACUGUGGGAACAGGACGAAGAGCACGUUGAAAAGGGUGAGCCUGGUAUGACGAUGAACGAGCUGGCUGCACAGGUGUUUAUCUUCUUUUUGGCCGGGUUCGAAACGUCCUCUACCACCAUGAACUUUUGUCUGUACGAGCUGGCAAAAAAUUCCGAGCUGCAGGAGCGUCUCCGAGCGGAAAUCAAUCGUGCGAUCGAAAAUAAUGGUGGAGAGGUGACGUACGACGUUGUGAUGGGGAUCGACUAUUUAAACAACGUUGUUGAUGAAACGCUUCGCAAGUAUCCACCACUGGAAACGAUCACUCGUGCCCCGGAACAGGAUUAUACCAUCCCCCGUACGCAGCAUGUCAUUCCGAAGAGUACGAUGGUACAGAUUCCGAUCUACGCACUGCAUCACGAUCCGGAGUACUAUCCCGACCCAGAACGCUUUGAUCCGGACCGGUUCCGGCCGGAGAUAGCCAGCGCACGGCCUCCGUACGUGUACAUGCCGUUUGGUGAAGGUCCACGCAUUUGCAUUGGGCUACGAUUUGGCAUGAUGCAGACCAAGGUGGGCCUGAUCACCUUACUGCGCCAGUUCCGAUUCUCUCCGACGGACAAAACACCGGAACGUAUCCGGUUCAUGCCGAACGUGUUUGUUCUGUCCCCGGACAGUGGAAACUAUCUGCAUGUGGAGAAGAUUUAGUUCACUAAGUGAGGC